CACUUUCCACGUAUAAGCCCCUCCAUCACCCACGUCUUUUCGCUUCACGACACCGGGUCCAACUCUCUUCUUCCCUUCCCACCCACGUUUCGCUCUUUUUCUUCCUCGUCGCCCUGUCUCGCGCGGUGAAUCGCUCGCUCGCCGCCUGGGCACCAUGUCGCUGCCAUCCAGCAGAGGCCCUGCGGCGCAGGCAUCGAUACGCUCCUUUUUCACCGCCAAAACACCAAAGUAUGCCCCGCCGCCGACAUCACGAGAUGCCUCCUCCGACGCCCCAGCUCCCACGGCCAGCGGCGCGACAGCGAUACACGUUGCGCCAGACCAGAUGCAAUCACAGAUGCGAGCCGAGCCCCCUACCGUCGCGCUAGCCUCCCGGCCCCCCCUACCCGAGUCCCUCCCCCGCGAGGCCGCGAUCCGGCCCGUUACCCUCUCCGACACGCCGGCCCUACGGCGCAUCAACUCCCUGCUGCUGCCCGUCAGCUACCCCGACACCUUUUACGCCCGCGCCAUCGACCCAACCGAGUCGGGACCCUUCUCCCGCGUCAUCACCUGGGCGCACGACGGCGAGGAGCCCAAGGUCGUUGGCGGCGUCGUCUGCCGCGUUGAGCCUGCGCUGCUGUCGGGGAGCAGCCAGGAUGAUGGCCUGGUCCCGCAGAUCCUAUACAUCCAGUCGCUGUGCCUACUCUCGCCGUAUCGCGGCCUGGGCCUCAUCAAUACUGCGCUGGAGAACAUCGUCGGGACGGUCAUAGCGAACCCUGCGCUGGGCGUCCGUACCGUCACGGCGCACGUGUGGACCGAGAACGAGGAGGCCCUCCACUGGUACGAGGCACGAGGAUUCAGUCGCCUGGAACCAGCAAUCGAGGGGUACUACCUCAAGCUCCGCCCCGGUUCCGCGUUCCUUGUUCACCGCGACGUCGGCGCAUCGCUGCGAGGCGCGCUCCCUCGCGCGUCCCCGCCUACUGAAGCCCCAUCCACAAUACCGGCCAGCAUCACCGCAGCCGUGGUGAACUUGCCGCCACAAAGCACGCGACCACCGCCUCCCCCGGGCGGCCCUCCUCCUCCAUCCGACAGCAGCACAUCGACGCCCCCGCCAGGUCUCUCGCGCGGCCAGUCGUACCAGAACCAACGGGCCGAGACGGAGUGGAACGAUCUGCCGGCUGACAUGGCCCCCGGCAUGCUCGCGCCGCCGCGGAAGAACGGCAGCGAGCCCGGAUCCAGCGCGAGCUCGAGAAGCAGCUCGACGGUGCGCAAGAAGCGGGACCGGUCAUAUCCCGCCGCGGCGUUUGGGAGCUGAUGUGCGCACCGGCACGCCGUAGCAGAUGGGCGGAGAGUUGCUGGACGCAGACGAGACUGAAUGGCAUGACACAUAUAUACCAAUGACUAUAGACGGGAGGGACUCUGGGAAAGACCAAAGAUAGAUGUAGCACCGUGACUUAAUGCACUCUGAUACUGGACCUCGCCUUAACGUGAUGGGCGAUGCCUGGCCGCCGGGCCGUGGCUGUCGCUGCAACCUUGAGGUCCGCCUGCAAGCGGGCCGCGGCGGUGCACUGCCCACCACCACCAGAGGUCCCCAUACAACCACCUCAAUGCCUAAUAAGUGCUACUCAUGCAUCUCAACCUCACUUCGUCUCACUCCGCCUCACCUCAUGCGCCCACGCAGUUACACCAAACGCCCAAGCAUGUCCUCUGCAGCCCCUCCGCACCACGCUCUCUCGCGAUAGCGUCCCUUGCUUUGCCCUCUUGUUCCCUUUGAUAGCCAACCCACGGCCAUCGUCGCUUGCAUGCUCCACGGUUCAUCAUCCAUAGUUCGUUCUGCACACAGCAUCCCCAUCCAUCCAUCUAUCCGCAACCCCCCUCUCCCCCAAGCCAUCACUAUGGGCGGCCAAACGCCUCAACAGCAGCCAGGCGCCUCCGCGACGACGACGACCACAGCCCUCAUCAAAUGGGUCCUCGACACGCGGCCUCUCUGGCCCGCAGCCAAGCAGACCAAAGACCUCUCCUCCGUGGCCGCCCGCGCACUCGACCUCCUCACGCCAGAGGAGCGCUCCAACGUCCUGCGCUACUACCACGUCAAGGACGCGAAGCUCGCCCUCGGCUCCGCCCUGCUCAAGCGCCUCGCCAUCGUGCGCUGCGCACGCGUCCCC